AUGCCGGGUCCAGGUAGCGGGCGGGCGGAGAGCGCGACUAUCGGCGCUGGACGUGGUCGUUCAUGGGUGCCGCGAGAGGAGGAGGAGGAGGAGGAGGAGGAGGAGGAGGAGGACAAGGACAAGGAGGAGGAGGACGACGACGACGACGAGAAGGAGGAGGAUGCAAAUUGUGCGAUGAAAGGAAGGAUGAGCUGUCGAAGCGGCAGCCGACCACAGGCAGCGGUUGGCCAAGAAAGGCGUUUUCGCUCAUCCUGCCCGUGA